AUGGCGCCGCCGCAGCCUAAGAAUCGCAGCCACGUCCCUGCAAAGGCCGGGCAGGUCCGGCCACCUCCAGGCCAGCCGGGGCGGCGGAUGGCGAGCCGGGACGCCGGGGAGCGCGCAGCGUUCUUCGCACGGCGCGAGGCGGCCACGGUGCUCCGGCGCGUGCUGCGCGGGGACGCCUCCAAGCGCUCAGGGGGUUCGAUCAAGUCCCUCGUAUUCUCGCCCUCCGUACGGAACAAGCGCGCCACCUUCGCCCUCGUCUGCCAGACCCUCAAGUGUCUUCCAAUUCUUAAGGAGGUUUUUGCAUCAACUGGAGUACUAUCCAGCAAAUGGAAGAAACAGGAGGAAUUAGUUUAUGUGACUGCCUACGACAUCCUCUUCGGUCAGGAAAUUGCAGUUUCUGGAUCUGUUGAGCAGUUCAUUUUGCUACAUAAAGAUACUUUUAGGACUACUCUUGGGAAAAUAUGUGCUAAAAGGAAGGUCAGUAGCAUCAAGGACUUGAUAAGCGAUAAAACUACAGUCAAACCAAAGCCGAGGUUUGUUCGUGUAAACACACUUAAGACCACUACAGGCUCUGUUAUCGAAGUACUAAGUAAAAUACACAAGGUUGAGAAAGAUGAUAUGGUUCCAGACAUGUUGGUGCUCCCGCCUGGAACUGAUAUGCAUAAACAUCCUCUGGUCACAGAUGGAAAGGUGUUUUUGCAGGGAAAAGCAAGUUGUAUGGUGGCAGUCGCAUUGUGCCCUAAGGCGGGUUGGAAGGUUAUUGAUGCAUGUGCGGCUCCAGGGAACAAAACAGUCCACCUUGCUGCACUCAUGAAUGGGGAAGGGAAUAUUAUAGCCUGCGAACUUAACAAAGACAGGGCUAAGACAUUGCAGCAUACUGUCAGAAGAUCUGGAGCAAACAAUGUUGAAACAGUUAAUGGUGACUUUCUGGAUAUAGAUAGCAAUGAUCCGUCAUAUGCAGAGGUUCGUGCUAUUCUAUUAGAUCCCUCCUGUUCUGGAUCUGGAAUCUCUACAGAGAGACUUGACCACUUGCUUCCUUCGCAUUCUAGAGAUGAUCAGGAUGACGCAGGUUCAAGCGCAAGGAUUAGGAAACUAUCGGCUUUUCAGCGGAAAGCUCUCUCACAUGCUCUAUCAUUUCCCUCUGUAGAGAGAUUGGUCUACAGCACCUGUUCGAUACACCAGGCAGAGAACGAGGAUGUCGUCAACUCCGUCCUGCCUCUAGCCACAUCACUUGGUUUUGAGCUCGCCACCCCGUUCCCUCAAUGGCGCCGCCGUGGCCUUCCGGUCUUCGACGGAGCUGAACAUUUGCUUCGGACGGAUCCUGAAGAUGACCUCGAGGGAUUCUUCAUAGCGCUGUUUGUGAGGAAAGCAGCAGCCGAUGAAUCUUCAGCAGAGCCUAGCAAAGACGGCAUGUUGGGUGCGAAAAGGAAACGAGUUUGUACAACAAGAAACAACGGGCUCAGGGCGUUCAGCUCCCUGAGAUUGUCUAGGAUGGAUGCGCUCUGCUCCAUCUGGCGUCUCUAGAGAUGUUGCCCUAGGAUCCCCGAGUGAUUCUGUUUUGUUAGCGAUAGCUGAAGGAAGCAGUUGUUGAACUUCUAACUUAGUUUUGGGGUUCCUCUGUAAGGUUGGAUUAUGAACCAAGGCAAAGGUGCAUUCUACUAUUAUUGCGGACCAAUUUACAUCGAAAUGCCAAUGUCUAUUACUAUC